AUGUCUUACUUGAAGACUAAUAUUUAGCUUUCAGAUGUCCUUCCUUAUUUGUCUUCAAAGAGACAUUCUUUUUUUGAAGAUGAAAAGUAGCAAAUUAUCUAAGCAUUUAUGAACUGUCCUCACUUUUAGUUAUUUAGGAUGGAUGAGGGUUUAAAGAAGGCAAUAGAAGCUUGCUACUCAGAUAUUAAUUAUUAUUUAUUUGGAGCAAAAAAAAUAUUACAUUAGUAUGGAAAAAACACUGAUAAUCAGUUCUUUAUUGUAAAAGGUGAGGCUAAUGUUUAUGAGUAUAAAAAGGAUAGUGAAUUAGAAAUAGAGUGCUUCUAUACAGCUUCAAGAUCUAAGCUAAAAGAGACCAUUGACCAGAAAAAAACUCAGCUUAAAAAUUUAGAGUAGGUAAUAUAAUCAAAUUAAAGCUAAAAAAUAUCCUAAAACGGAUUGCAAAGUUAAGAUACUGUAAAUCUUUAAUAGCAAACUUAAAAAGAACUGUAAGCAUAACUCAGUAAAGAAGUAUCUGUUCUGGAAAGUGAGUUAAGGGCGAUUGAAAAGAUUCUUGAUUAAAGAUUUUCAUUUUUUGAUUCAGAAUUAGAUGCUAUUAAAGGAUAUGAUUAAUUUUUUAUUGAUGAAGUUUGUCUCCUUAAAUUUGUGAAAAAGCUUAAAGAAAACGACUCAUUUGGAAUUGUAGAUAAUAAUAGAGAUUAGAUAAUUGUAUCUGUAACUGAAAUUCAUUUAACUAAUUUAACGACUGAGGUCUAUUAGAUAAAUCUAAUACCCUUAAAAGCAACGAAUGAGUUUUUUGCUUUUUACUUAAAAGAAUGCAAAUUGGAUAAUUAUAUUUAAUUUAGGAAUCUCUAUGAGAAAUACUUUAAUAAAGGAUAAGUAGUUUAUGAUACGAUUUAUAAGCCAGUAAAGGGUAAAAAAGGAAAGUAGAUAGAUAGCGAUGAAGAUAGUGAUGAGGAUGACAGCAGUUUUUCAAAAGAAGAAUAAAAUUAGUAAAAAAAUAUUGAGAUAAAUACUAUUUAUUUAAUUAGGAGAGGUGUGUUUUAGUUGUCUAGAUUUAAAGAAAAGAGGUUUCUGCCUAUUAGAACACUUUAUCCUGGAGACUUUUUUGGAAUUGAAGAUUUAUUUUAAAAUAAUCAUUAAUUUAAAGUUACCUGCUAAAGCGAUAAAAGUUCUGUUAUAGCUUAUAAUUUUCCUUUUUUGAAAGAUGGGCUUUCCUAAAAUCUUUACUCUUCUGGUGAAUUUAUUAAUACAAAAUAAAAAGAGAAAUUAUAGGAAGUAUAAUAAAGAUUUCUAUAAUAUUAUGUCAAAGUAUACUUAGAUGUGCUUGAAUAAUCUAUUGAAAACAAUAAAAGUUUUUCUAGCGUUUUUGCUCCACUGGUCAAUAAAAUAAUUAAAAAAGAAAGAGAUCCUAAUUUCAGAAAAGAGGAAGAAGCAAGAGAGAAAAAAUUUAUAAAAUUUGAUGAUAUAAUCCUAGAAAUGCCGAUAGAAGAUGAUGCUCCAAAAGGAAGAUUCGAUAUAAAAUUAUAACCUUAUGCAAUUAAUAUGAAGAAAUAAACCGUAAUUUAAGGUUAGCAAGAAUAGAAGAUUUCGUUAUAGUAGCCCUAGAAUUUAGAGUAAUAGUAAAAAUAAAGUUUAAUCAGUAAUCCCAGCAAUCCUAAUUAAAAUAAUCCUGACAUGACUUAAUUAGUUAAUAAACUACAAAUUAAAAUAAACAGUAGAAAAUAAUCUUAAGAAAAAAUAAAUUUAAAAAAGAAAGGAUCUUAAUAAGAAAUUAGUAUGGUUCAAACAAUAAAUUCAGGAUCUAACCAAGAGACUGCUAAAAUAGUAUCAAAGAAUCUUUCAGCAUAAAACUUAGCAUAGAUCUCGCAUGAAAUGAAUAGUCAAAAUAAUAGGUUUUAAUAAAUAUAAGACACUGAAAGCAUAUAGAUGACCAAACUUAAGAAGUAGUAAAGUAUGACGAAUUAUUCUUUCCAACCUUAUGCUGCUAAGCAAAACAGUAGAGAUAUUUCACCUCAAAGCAAUCAUAUUAAAAGAUCAUAAAAAAACUUUACUAUAGCUCCAAUAAAUAGUUAAAAAGAAUAAUCUGCAGCUUUAUAUGAUGCAAAUACAUUGCCCAUUAGUACUGGAUCGUAAUUAAAGUAGAGUCUUGAUAUCAAAGAAGUUAAAUAAAAUUCCCUUUAAAUUUUUAUUAAACAAUAAUAAUAAUAAGAAUAGGAAUAUGAUACUUAAUAUCUACUUAAUUCUAACCAUAAUAAAGCUAUUCCAAAAAUUUAUUAAGAAUAAUCUAAUUCAACUCCUUCUUAACAAAAGACUAAAUUAUUCAAAAAACAAUUCUCUAAAACCUCAUCAAAAGAAGCUAAUAGCCCACUUUCAAACAACUAUAAAACUCAUUUAUCUUAUGAGAAUUUUAAUAAUACAAACAAUUAAGCGCGUGUAAGCUUAAGUAAUUUCAAUUUAAGUCGCUAAAGCAGUAACAAUAAAGACAGUCACGUUUUUAAUAGAUUUUCAGAUAACUCUCCUGAUUUAGAAGAUAAUCAUGCAACAAUCUCUUAAGAAAAUAAAGUUAAGAAAAAUUAAAGCAAAAAAUAAAAUAGUGGUAACUCAAAUGAGAACAAUGCAAAAAAUAUUGAUGUAUUAAAUAACUAGCAAAAUAGUUUAGAUAGCUUGCCUUAUAUUUCUUAAAAUAUUUCUUCCUCUUCAUUGAUAUUUGAUAAGGCUAACAAAAGUUUAAAUAACACAAGUACAAGUGGAAUUAAUACUACUAAUAGUAGACUUCUCUCAACGAAUGUUUUAAAUAAUUUAUAAAUGACUAUUUCGUAAAAAUCGAAGAGUAAUAACAAUUUAAGCUUUAAGCAUCCAACAGAAAUAAAUGAGUCUAAUACAAAUAAGAACCAAUUUAACAGCUAUUACUCGCCUUAGCAAAAGUAAGGUUAGGCUAACUAUUAAACUAUUCCAUCUCUUACUCAUUUAGAUAAUUAAAAUAAAUAAUGUCAGCUAAAUUAAAUUUACUUUGAAGGUACCUCUAGUAGUAUGAAUAACAUUCCAAGCAAAAAGCUACCACUUAAUUCAUAAAGCUUAGGCUAAACAUAAGAAAAUUUUAUGAGUCAUAGUUCAAAUAAACUGACUUCAAGUAUGAUAGCAAGUAGUAACUCACCCUAAAGUAAUAAGAACAGAUUAUAAAAAACUAAUAUGAAUUCAGAAAGAUUUUCUGAGAUGGUUUUUUCUAGAAAGAGUUCUAGCCAAAAGCUUAUUAAUCUCUAAUAAUAGCAAGAUUAUAAUACUCAAACAAAUUCUAAUAAAAAUUUAAAUAAUUUAAUUUCUUUUACAUCUACAGCAAAUUAAAUAGCUAAUAAUUAUAAUAAAUAAUUGCAUUAAGCAACAGCUUCAUCUUAAGAAUAAACUCAUUAAAAUUCUUAGUAAGUAGCUUCUCCUAAAAAAAUAAAAGGACUUUUAGAUACUAAGAAUGAAAGUAGAAAUUAACUUAAUAAUAAUAAUAUUUAAAAAAUGUUAUGCUAAGAUGUAAAUCAAGCAACUAAAAGUUAAUUAUUAUAAUAAAACAUUAAAAAAAAAUAAAAUUCGCCUUCAUUAAUUGAAAGUAAUUUCUUUAACCAUUAACUAUGA